CAUACAACUUCUCGCGGCGAAGAGUCUCCAGCACAAUCCUCAAAUGCUCCUUGUGUUGAUCGAUAUCUCGGGAAUAGACCAGGAUGUCGUCGAUGAACACAAUAACGAACUGGUCCAGGAAGGGGUGAAAGACCCUAUUCAUAAGGUCCAUGAAAACGGCCGGGGCAUUGCUGAGUCCGAAAGGCAUGACUACGAACUCAUAGUGGCCAUAGCGGGUACGGAAAGCA